AUGAGCAAUAUUUUUGCAAAGCUGGACCCCCGUCGGCUCGAGUGGGAGGCCUCCUGGUACGGCCUCCACUCUCGAGUGCUGCGUACCAAACCUCUGGACUCCAUGCAGCACAAUUCUGGCGAUCUGCACGGCACCAGACUGGCACAGGUGCUCACCACAGUAGACCUGGUCUCCCUCGGAGUGGGCAGCUGUGUGGGCACUGGGAUGUAUGUGGUGGCCGGAUUGGUUGCCAAGGAAAUGGCCGGACCCGGAGUCAUCCUGUCCUUUGUCAUCGCGGCCGUGGCAUCGAUCCUGUCAGGUGUGUGCUAUGCCGAGUUUGGAGUGCGAGUCCCGAAGACCACCGGCUCAGCGUACACCUACAGCUACGUGACGGUCGGGGAGUUUGUGGCUUUCUUUAUCGGGUGGAACCUCAUCCUGGAGUACCUGAUCGGUACCGCAGCGGGGGCCAGCGCUCUCAGCAGCAUGUUCGACUCGCUGGCCAACCACAGCAUCAGCCGGUACAUGAUCAACCACCUCGGCACUCUCAAUGGUUUAGGUAAAGGAGAGGAAUCCUAUCCUGACCUGCUGGCUCUGAUUAUCGCUAUGGUUGUAACGGUGAUCGUAGCUAUAGGAGUGAAGAACUCGGUGAGCUUCAACAACGUCCUCAACGUGGUCAAUCUGGUCGUGUGGGUGUUCAUCGUGAUCGCUGGCCUUUUCUUCCUGUCCGGAGCUAACUGGGCUGAUGGCAUGUUUCUGCCCUAUGGGUGGUCCGGGGUCAUGCAAGGAGCUGCUACUUGUUUCUAUGCCUUUAUUGGGUUUGAUAUAAUCGCCACCACUGGAGAGGAGGCCAAGAGUCCGAACACGUCCAUUCCCUACGCCAUCACAGCCUCACUCAUCACCUGCCUGACAGCAUAUGUCUCAGUGAGCGUGGUCCUUACCCUGAUGGUGCCCUAUAAUCUCAUCGAUGGAGACGCUCCACUGAUGGAGAUGUUCGCCAUGCACGGCUUUCUGCCGGGGAAGUACAUCGUAGCUGUGGGAGCCAUCGCAGGACUCACAGUCAGUCUGCUGGGCUCACUGUUCCCCAUGCCCCGAGUCAUCUACGCCAUGGCAGGUGACGGUCUGCUGUUCAGGUUCCUGUCCCACGUGAGCCCCUAUACAGAGACCCCCAUGCUAGCGUGCGCCGUGUCCGGGUGUCUCGCCGCUCUCCUGGCUCUCCUGGUCAGUCUGAGGGACCUAAUCGAGAUGAUGUCUAUCGGCACUCUCCUGGCGUACACGCUCGUCUCUGUGUGCGUACUGCUGCUUCGCUACCAGCCCGACGGCGACGGCUUUACCAACGUCCCCCCACACGAACCAGAGUCCUGGACCACCAAAGAGGGCGUACUGGCGGAGCAGGAACGGGACGCCUACACUCCCGCGAGCGACGCAGAAGAGUUCAGCAAAAACCUUCCCUCGCAAAGAGACGAUGAGAGAUUAAUCAGCAAAUCAGACUCCGCUGGGUACCAGUCCGACUCCUCGGGGUACGCUGGUGAGAAAGACACAGAGUUCGAUGACUCUGAGAAUAGGCUGACGUGCCUGCUGAAGCAGGUCCUAGGUGCCAAGUACUACACCCUGCGGGCGCGCCUGGGACUCCCGGAGCCAGGCUCCCAGCCCACCCCGGCGACAGGACGUACGGUCACCUACUGUGUCCUCCUGCUCUUCAUCCUGACCUUUCUGCUUUGGAUUGUCGUGAUAUACGGCCUGGAUCGCGCCUCUGCGGUCACCGGCUGGAUCCUGGUCCCGUUCGUCAUGGUCAUCGUUACCUUCAUGGUCGUCUUACUGGUCGUCAUUCUACGGCAGCCCGAAAACCCUAAAAAGUUGCCGUACAUGGCACCUUGCGUACCUUUCGGACCCAUAGCUGCUAUACUGGUGAACAUCUACUUGAUGCUCAAGCUGUCCAGCAUUACAUGGGUUCGAUUUGCAGUGUGGUGCUCUAUAGGUCUGAUGAUUUAUUUUGGCUACGGGAUGUGGAACAGCUCUCUGGAGCUGAGUGCCAGGGAGGAGAAGGCACACGCCAGCUCUUAUCAGAGGUACGAUGCGGGGCUGGAUGACAGCUUCGCGGUGGACGAUGACCUUCACACUCAUGAGGAUGGGGACGGGGGGAAUUAUCAGGGCUGGGCGGGUGAAGAAAAGGGCUAUCAGGACCAGUACCAGAACUACCAGCAGGACUCCAGCAACCAUAAGCCCACAGGCAGGACCUAUAAAGGCUAUCAGGAGUUUUCUAAUGAGUAUGAUGCUACCGAGUGAGAAAUUCAGAUGCCUCAAAAUGCUGCCUAGUAAGGUAUCAACGCUAUUUUGACUCAAGAACGAGGAAGCAUCCGAUACUGCCUUAGCGGUGAAGGCAAUCCCAGCAUUCAGUGCGGCACGACU